AAUUGCAACGUGAAAGCGAAACUAACCGGAUCAAAUGUUUCAGGUGUGAAAACGUCCUUGAGAGAAACAUGUGUGGAGUGAAAACCAACAAAUAGUCAAAGCAUAAAAAGUGUAGGAGGAAUCUCCCAGUCCCUCCACAGCAGAAUGUAUCCUCUUCCUGUUAAUGGGAGGAGCAGGAAAGAGAAAGACAGAGAGAGAGAGACAGAGGCAGGGUCAGAGAAAAAGAGAUCGACGAAAGUACAGUAAAAGUUUUCAUAGCUAUUAUUCAUACCACAGAGGACACUCCAUUUCAACACAGUGAUCUGAAGCAGAGAAAUGGAUAUUGUUCAGCUGAUUCAACUGACAGCCCCACCAUUGAUAACACAUGAUAUAAUACAGUGUGUAAUUGAUGAAGACCUCAAAGUCCUCAAAAGGUUACUGAAGGUCAAUGACAUCAACAUGACCUUCCCAUGCAAAGAGUUGGGUGAUUAUAUAACCCCACUGAUUGCUGCUGUUGCAUAUCAAAAAGUGGAAAUUUGCAAGUACCUUCUAGGUCAGGAUGCGAACCCAAAUGUUGUUUCCCAGAAGGGCUUGACACCUUUGCAUUACGUCUCACUAUCCAAAGCACCACCAACUUUUGUCAGGAAACUAGUUGAAGCAUAUGCUAAUCCAGACGGAUGGUCUCUACAACAAUUCUCCCCUCUGCAAUUUGCAGCCAUCCUUGGCAGGCAGGAUGUCAUGGAGGAGCUCAUCUCUGCUGGUGCACCAAUUACUUUGUUGGAAGUUACUGAACCUAAAGAUUUGUCUCACAAUAUAAAAAUAGCCUCGAUGAUUAGUAACUUGGCAUCAAGUGGACAUGAACUAUGCUCCAAAGUAAGAGAUUUUUUUGAAAUGAAUAUUGCUAUGCAAAAAGGACAAGAACCUGAAAAUGUUAUUAGAGAUUUUAACAGUCGUAUGUUAAUGGAGGAACCUCAGACUCAUCUCAACAUGAUUGAAGUACUCUUUAAUGUAACGGGGAAAAAUGAAGGAAGAUUCCACCAGGGAUGCAUCAAAUGGCUGAGGGAUGGUGACAACAUGAACUCCUACAUUGCCGGGGCAGUGAGUCGCCUUCCAAAAAUUUACCUGGGGAAUGUACAUGUGCUUGUAAAAAGUUUACAUGCAGUCUUCUGCACAAUGGAGGAGAUACCAACUGAGCAAGCACUAGCUAUCAUCCCCCAACUGCUGGAUCGACUCUCCUCAAAAGAGAGAUGUGAUAUCAAGCUGUUAGAAGCUGUUCAGCAAACACUAUAUGUGAUAACACAGAAAACUCCGGUGACAAAUGGCUGGCAUCCCACUUUUAUUGAGAAGUUAUGUGUGACAGUCGCUCCUUUUGUGAAUGAUGGAUACUCAUCCAACGUUCGAGUCUACACCUAUGGCAUAGUAGGAAACUUGCUUUCGGUUGAACAUGCUGUUAACAUCUUUACAUCAGCGGGGAUAACUUCAGUGCCCGAGGACAUACUGGCCUCUGCAGAUAUGAAAAUGAAUGACAAGCUGAAAGAUGUGCUCAGACGGUUGAAAAAUCAUUUGAUCAAACAAAAUGGGGAGUGUGAAGAAUCCAGAAAAAAGAAGAAGAAGAAGAAGAAAAAGAAGAAGACAGAAAAGCAUGAAGACCCAAAUGACGAAGUGUGCAGCACUUCAACUGAUCCAACAGCAGUUCCUGGAAAAUCCCCAGUAACACAAAAGUGGCUACAAAUUAGCAAGAGGUGGAGGGAAAAAUUACAGAAAUUACACAGACUUGUGAGCACUGAUGAAAGUAAAGUCACCAGGAUUGGGAGCAUUGUUUACAUGUAUGAUGCAGAAUUUCGCAUAGCGAAGGGAAGUGAUGGUACUGAAGUCUUCUUGGGACUGAAAGGUGAUGGCACUGAAGUUGCAAUUAAGAGAAUGUCCAAAAGCAACUAUGAUGUGCUGAAGAAUGAGGAAGUACUUCUGCGACAUCCAAAGCUGUUCGAUAGCUGUAUCGUACGAUAUGUUGACUUUGCAGAGGAUGAGAACUUUGGAUAUCUUUGUCUCCAGCUUUGUGAAUACACCCUGGAAGAACAUAUCAGUAACAAUGAUGGCAGUCUGCGUCUAGAGGAACUUGUCUAUGACGUUCUUGACAGUUUAAGGUCGCUUCAUUGUCUAGAGCCACAAAUUCUCCACCGAGAUCUCAAACCACAAAAUGUUUUGAUUGAUGUGAACGGAAGAGCGAGAUUAGCUGAUUUUGGCAUUAGCAGACGUUUACCCAAAGACCAAACAACGCAUCACACACGCAGUGCAGGAACCGAAGGCUGGAUGGCCACAGAGACUUUAAAAGGAGGAGAUGAAAUACGAUACAAGUGGAGCACAGACAUACAGGUGGCAGGGAUGCUGAUUUAUUUCAUCCUCUCUGGAGGAGGCCAUCCUUUUGGUGAACCCUUUGAGCGUGUGUACAACAUUCAUCAAGGGACGCACACGUUGGAUCGUGUUCAAGACGUGGUGGCAAAAGAUCUCAUCGAGGGGAUGAUCGAUAGAGAACCAGAAAAAAGACAGAAAGUGGAAAAAUGUUUGAGUCAUCCCUUCUUCUGGACCAGCGCAAAGAAAGUAGAAUACUUGAGAAAAGUUGGAAACGAGAAAGAGGUGGCAAUCCGUCGGAAUACAAACCAGGACCUGAUUUCUUCACUGGAAGAAUGUGCUGGGGGUGUAUCUUACAAUCAGUGGAGAGAUAAGUUUUCUUCAGACUUGGUCAAGAUGGUGGAUGACAGGAAGAAACCCUACGCCGAAAGCAUACUGGGAUUACUUCGCUUUAUACGGAACCUCCUCGAGCACUAUCCCAAGGAAGCAGCCAAGGUUGAUCUGAUGUCACUGUUUCCUCAUCUCUUUGGAUGUGUUUAUAAGUUCUCCAAAAGCCAAGGGUGGAAUUUAGAGAGUCCGCUGAGGGAAAUGUUCACAGCAGAGGCGACAAUAGGCCCCACAAGAGAUGUACUGUCACCCACCAACUAUGAAGAUCAAGUCAACCUCGCAGUUCAAGAAUCUCAGCCAACCACAAUUGCCACCAGGAGCAUCAGCGGAGACAGGACUUAUAUAUAGAUUUGAAUGAACUGUUGCCAGAUGAAGUAAGUUCUGAUGCUGGGUGCUUGUAUAUCAGCCCUGCAAAUUUGACAUGUACUUAUUUUAUCAUUGAUCAGGGCAUACAAAGUGCAAUUUAUAGGAAAAAGACACAUCUGCAUCUAGUCCAGAAUACCUGGCCAAACUGCAUGGGUGGCCAAAGAGCAAUAUAUGCAUUAUUGUAUGAAUCUUGAACGAAUCUGCACCAUUCACCGACAUAUUAUUUGAAAUGUUUAGCUUCAGUAAUUGAAUUGAUGCACUUAAAUUAAUCAAGUCAUGUUCUUUUUUCAAAUUAAGAGUCCAUUCAUAAUACAGUGAUUCAUCUGUUUCACAGUUUUCAGGUAAAACUAUGCUCAAUAUUUCCA